UAUUUGUAUUUGUCUGUGUUUGCCUGGUGUACCCAUAAAUUUAUUCAAAUUUUUAUGAUAGAUUUUACUUCAUCCGUCCCACUAUAUUUGUCCACUUUCAUUUUUGCACACCAUCCAAUACACUUCUUUAAUCCAUUUUAUCUUGUAAUUUGUAUAUUAAAAAAUUAUAGAAAUUAUAUAUUAAUAAUCUAUAUGUUAAGACAAAUCAAACAAGAUCACGCAUGACUAUAUUUAAGUUUACACAUUGAGAGAAUUUGAUGAGUCAAAGUGCUUAGAUGAACAGUUCCAAAAGUCAAAAGUGGACGAAUAUAGCGGGACGGAGGGAGUAAUUUUUUAAGCCCUAAUGCAAUAAAAACACAGUAAUUCGAAUAAACUUCGGGGAGAAAAGGAACUGCGAUGGUUUUAUGCCGAGGUUAGCCUUCAGUGCCUGUCUGAUCUGAGAAAGACGUGUCUGUUUGGACAGCCAAAUUUGAAAAGGAGAAAAAAGAGGUUUCCAAACUACAUGACCGGAUCGCAAGGUACAAGACAAAUCUAUCAGAAAGAGACCAGGAAAUCCGAGGAUUGAAGGAAUCAAUAUCCAACUCGAACCAGGCCUUAUCAGAGGAGAACUUGCAGCUUCAAGAGGAAAUCAAGAAACUGUUGAAGGAAAGGGCAUUCCUGGAAGACAACGCGAAAGAAAUGGACGUCCGGUGCCAAUGCCUAGAGGAGGAGGCGAAAAGGGCUUUAGCUGGAAAAUCAGAAACGGAAGCUCUGCUCGGCUACGAGAUCGAACAGUUGCAAUCAACCAUUGUAGAGAGAAACGGAUGCGUGGAAGAGUUGAAAUCAAUGAACAGCGAGCUCAGCGACGAGAUUGAUGAGAUGAAGAAGCACUUGCAUGACCUGCAUGUGGAGCAUGUGCAGCUGAUCGCCGAGGCUGAUGGGACCCGCAAACAGGUGGAGGAGCUGAGAUCAACCGUCAAAGGUAUGGAGGAAGAGAUUAGGAGACAACAAGAGACGAUUGAGGAAGGGGCGGAGGAGAAACGGGAGGCCAUAAGACAGCUCUGUUUCUCGCUGGAGCACUACCGGAACGGCUACCACCGCCUGCGACAGGUCUUUAUGGGCAACAAAGGGCUACCUGUGAUGGCGUCCUGAAAAAACAACACACACAUUUUCCUCUUUGAGUUCCCUUUUUUGUUUUGUGUGUCUUGUUGUGUGAUGUUUUGUUGCAAUCUUGAGCCCAUGGUGGUUCAUUCUGUGUUGGUAUAAAUAAAUGUUUUUUGGUUGAGGUUUUUGGUCUGGUCUUUAUCUUUAAGGUAUAUAUGUAUACACACACUGAUAUGUAAAUGAUGGAAUCGCUUUUGGUGUAUUUUGGUCUGCUGCUGCCUUAGUAUUUUGGUCUUUUUCUCCAUUUUCCUCAUUUUGUACCGUUCAAACGGCAUUCUACCGUGAUUGAUAUGGUAUUUAUUGGUGUUUCUUUUCUUAUGCUUUUGUUUGGAU